AUGUUCUCCUUCGGCACCAAGUGCUACAGUGUCGAGGUGGACCUGAUGGACUACGCGACAGCACAGAAGACCUGCCAAGAAGUCGUCUUCAAGAACUCCACCGACCUUGCGUACAUCCAGACCCCCGAAGAGAUGGAAUACAUCGCACAAGAAAUCGACAAAACCGACGCCGCAAAGGGGCAAUCCAGAUUUUGGAUAGGAUUGAAUGCGAGGGAUUGUGUGAAUUGCACGGCUGGAGCUGGGUUGGAUCAAUUUGGCUGGGCCUCUGGACAAGAACUCGAUGAGGCGAUGAGCUUCUUCCGGGAAGGCUGGCCCCGGCCGGGUCCUGAAGAACUCUGCGUCGCCUACGUCCAGAAUGACAAAACUUGGGUGAACACGGUGUGCACAAACAAAUACAUGGCGAUCUGCUGGAAGGACGCGGCUACCGUAAUCCCCACCACGGCCAAACCGAAACCU